AUGCCAAUGACGGAACCAAUGACGAAUUCUACGGCGGUGAUGGCUACGAUCAAGUCGGCUAGGCCGACUUUCCGCAACAACCACGACAAGGUCGCUUUCGCUGUUCACGCUUCCUUCCUCGCUUCCGGUUUCGACCUCACUGCCACCGGACGGCCUGCCUUCGCCAACGACGCUCUCUCUUCGUCUCCUACUCAGGAGGUUGGGAUUGACGGCUGGAACGAAUUCGAUGGGGAAUACGCGUUUGUCUAUACAAAUCCUGCGAAGGGAUCGAAGAAAGUUUUGGUCAAGUGCUUGGCGAUAGAUGAUAAACUUCUUGUUGAUGCCCUAGCUGAUGGUGAAACUGAACCUCCCCAUCUCGAGAUAGUAGUUGGGAAAUACGCUGAUGAGCCCAGAGAGGGGAAUUAUGCUGCACAGUACAAGGAUUUUGGCAAAUUAGUGGCUAGUUUGAAGACUGAGAUUCUUGAUAAGCUAUACAGAGAAGAAAAGCCUUCUUCUUCGAGAACCCAGUCCAGAUCUGAGACAAAUGAAGAUCCUGGAUAUUACGUUCAAAGACCUGUUCCAUUAGGCCCUCAGAUUCAUCCCUCAGGGGUGAUAGUUCCUCCGUUACCCGGCAAUGGAAGGUACAGCGACCUCGUCCCUGGCCCAGGUGCUGGAGUAUUCCCUGCCAGGGGUGGUUUUGGCGAUGGAAGCAUGCUCGUAGGACCAGGUGAUCCUCGCUUUUUUCCCCGAUUUGGAGAUCAACCUGGCCGCAUGGGACCACCACAGCCGGGUGUGCCACCUCCUGGUGCUCGCUUUGAUCCGUUUGGCCCCAUUCCAGGGUUUGAGCCAGGCCGGUUCGGAAGGCAACCUCCAAACCAUCCUGAUCUUGAGCAAUUCCCCGGCGGUUCAGACUUUAUUUAG